CUCCCUCCGCCUUGGUAUCAUGCACGAAUUCUUGCCUGAACCCCACCCCUCCCCAGUCCGGCACACGAGUCAAGCCUCGGCUAAGCACGACGCGGCGAGUCGCAGUGUUGUCUUGGGGGGCUUGGCGGACAAGGAUGCGCGCCAAGGGCGGAGGGUGAAACACUUUUGGCGUAGGAAGGGAAGGGAUAGAGAUGCGUACUUCGCGAAGGAGUGAGGGAGUAAGACGUGAGUGGGGAUUAGUUGAACGAGAUAUAAUUCUUCGGGAGGUUAAGAGGGGUGCCGAAAGGGACAGUUACGU